AUGUCACGUUGACAGGUAACCUAGUUGCGUUAAGUUCAUCGUAAGUGUAUUGUUUUUUAUUAGUUUAGUAAAAGCGGAAAUAGGGUAUUAUUUUCCAUAUAAUAAAUUACAUAAACUUUAGUUUCUAUCUUGUAAGUGUUUUGUAAAGUGGCACCAAGAUUUUCUCCCGAAAACUGUUCGUGCAAGUGUUAAAAUUCGACCGCGUGUGCAUCGCUUAUAAAAACAACAGUAAGCGAUGAGGCAAAUGCUCCGCCUCCGUUUAGUCAGUUCGUAUCUGACCAGCAAGAUGAGAAGCCACACUUACAAUGACUCUCUGGGAGCGGCCAGAAUCAUGGCCCAAAUUCUUGAUGGAAAGGCACUAGCCAAGGACAUUAAAGACGAAUUGAGGAUUAAAAUCAACAACUGGGUAUCUACUGGACACCGAUGCCCAUCGCUCCGUUGCAUCAUUGUUGGUGAAGACCCUGCAAGUGAGACUUAUGUCAGGAACAAGAUACAAGCCGCCACUGACGUAGGCAUUCAAGCCGAAACCAUCAAAUAUGAUGCUUCAAUAACAGAAGCUGACCUUCUUGCCGCUAUUGACCUUUUAAACAAAAACAGUGACAUUGACGGUAUUCUCGUUCAGUUGCCAUUGCCUGGUACAAUUGAUGAGAGGAAAGUGUGCAAUGCUGUUGCUCCAGAGAAGGAUGUGGAUGGUUUCCAUAUCAUCAAUGUUGGUCAACUCUGCCUUGACAUGCCGACUAUGGUGCCAGCAACCGCCCUCGCUGUGAUAGAAAUGUUGAAAAGGUUCAAGAUUGAAACAUUGGGUCGUAACGCGGUAGUAGUAGGCAGAUCGAAGAAUGUUGGCAUGCCUAUUGCUAUGAUGCUGCAUAGUGACAGGAAUCAUGACAGUGGGUUAGGAAUGGAUGCAACAGUUACCAUUUGCCAUCGCUACACACCUGCCGAAAAACUUGAAAUGUAUUGCCAGAAUGCUGACAUCAUUAUUACUGCCACAGGUGUACCAAAACUUAUCAAAGCACACAUGGUGAAACCAGGAGCUACAGUUAUCGAUGUUGGUAUCACAAGAAUUACCAAUGAGGAAGGAAAAACUAAAUUAGUGGGAGAUGUAGAUUAUGAUGAGGUAAGCAAAAUAGCCGGUGCCAUUACUCCAGUACCCGGCGGUGUAGGGCCGAUGACCGUUGCUAUGCUGAUGUUGAACACAUUCCGAGCGGCACAGAACCUCCGCGACAAGACAGCGCUGCUUCAUUACAAAUUUUAAUGAAAACCGGGGGUACUGUUAGUACUAUAUUUGUGUAUGAAGCUAUUUACAGUAAUAACUAACGUCAUUAUAUCGAAGUAGUUUCGAAAAAUUUGUAAAUUAUUUAAUUACAAAUUGACGAAUCUCUAUUUUAAAUUGAUCUUUAUUAGCCCUCAAUGUAAACCGGAGGGUUGUUGUAAUAAUUAUUGUUUGGUUUUUCGGGUCUGGUCCAAUUUAAAAUAAUAAUUAUCUUUGUUGAUACGAAGGUGCAGUUUUCUGACAAUAUUUGUUUAAAUAAGUUUUGGAUGAUUUAAAUAAGUUAUCAAUUAAAUCGUUCGUAAAUAUUAUUUACACGCGGACAGAUCUAUCGUUUAAUUUUUUUUUUUUUCAGAAACGGAUUUUUUUAUAGAAUAGAAUUUUAAAUACAUACAAAUCGUAUAAGAACGAACUUUUUGAUUUAUUUAAACAAAUUAUUCAGAACUGCUACACUAGUGCCUUAUAGCUGUUAAGCAUUUAUUGAAGUAUUAUAAAAAUUAGCUCUAUUUAUUGUAAGUGUUGUAGUUUUAAGAAUCCGUAAUUAUAUUCCAUUCUCCUACAUUCCCGCCCAUUUAUUGUACCUACAAUGGCUGUGAAGACUACCCCUUUUUACUACAUAGUAGUAAUUAAAAGGGUGAAUAUCAAAAUGUGUCAAGUUUGGUGGCGAACUGUCAUAUAAUUUUUUCGUGAAAAAUUGGGGAAAUUGGGAAAAUUGGGAAUUUAAAAAUUCCUUUUUCAUGUCGGAACCGAGAAUCCUUUUGGAUCUUUUUCAUGUCGGAACCCAAUUUUUCACGAAAAAAUAAUAUGAAAUUUCGCCACCAAACUUGAAAUUUUGAGAUUCACCCAAAACAAGUUAUUAAGAGGUUCUUAUGAGAAAGAGAUCGGAGGUGUGCUCAUGCCCUAAUGGUGAUAUAAAGUGUUAGUUCCUAAUCAGGGCGUCACAAACAAAGAGAUACCUUAAUACUUACGCAAUAAACAGUUGUUUCCUUGACCUUUUCCUUAAAAAAAAUAAUCACCCAAUUGAUAUGGUUUGAAUAAAAUAUUACUUUUAUUUUAUUAUCAUCACGUAUAUUUUAUAAAACUUUCUUGUUAUCCUAGAUGAUAAUUUAGAAUUGUUAAUAUUGUAGUUAUAAGUAAAUAAAACAUUUAUUAUAAUA